GAAAAAUAUAUCUCCUGCUAAAUUUUAACUGCCAUAUAAGUUGACGGCCGGCUGUUUCGGUGUCAGCUUAUACAGUUAUUGAGUUAUACUCUAGAAAUUCUUUCGGUCGUAUUGUUGUCGCUCCAACACCUGAUUGAUUUACGAAAUUGGUCCGUACUCCGUCUUGCUAUGGUGUCUGCUCAAGAACAAAUAGUAAUAAUCGAAUAGGAGAUGGGACGCCAUUGCUGAAAACCGCAGAUAUCCGCAUGGCGGCUUGCAGAGCUGUAGAUUCUAGCUUUCUUAUCUCGACUCAUUCAAAGAGGCCAGUUCAGGGAAAGAGAAUUCCCCAGCUGAGAUUCCGAGGUGAUACUUCAGGAGGCCUACAUAAUAAUAAGAGAAAUAGAUGCUCAAUUUCCUUCAGAAAAGCAAUUUUUAUACAAGCAGUGGCAGUUCCAGUUGCACCCUUUCCUUCAGAAAGUGCAGAGAAUACAGAACUAUUAUGUGAAAGAUAUGGCUUUAGGAAAAUUGGAGAACCACUCCCUGAUUAUGUAACAUUAAAAGAUAUUAUAAAAACACUCCCAAAAAAGGUGUUUGAGAUUGAUGAUUUCAAAGCGUGGAAAACAGUUUUAAUAUCUGUAGCUUCAUAUUCUUUGGGACUUUACAUGAUAUCAAAAGCCCCAUGGUAUCUACUUCCGUUAGCUUGGGCAUGGACAGGAACUGCAAUAACCGGAUUCUUUGUAAUAGGACAUGACUGUGCUCAUAAGGCGUUCUCAAGAAACAAAUUUGUUGAGGACAUUGUCGGUACCUUAGCUAUGAUGCCAUUGAUUUACCCCUAUGAACCUUGGCGGUUUAAGCAUGAUCACCAUCACGCAAAAACUAACAUGUUGGAUGAGGACACAGCUUGGCACCCUGUUUGGAAAGAGGAGUUUAAUACCAUGCCUCUAUUACGUAAGGCGUUGAUAAUUGGUAUGGGACCCAUCCGACCUUGGAUGUCAAUAGCUCACUGGUUGGCCUGGCAUUUUGACCUGAACAAGUUCAGACCAAGUGAGAUUAAGAAAGUGAAAAUAAGCCUAGCUUGUGUAUUUGCAUUUAUGGUUCUUGGUUGGCCAUUGAUUAUCUACAAAGCUGGAAUCUUUGGAUGGGUCAAAUUUUGGCUGAUGCCAUGGCUUGGUUAUCACUUUUGGAUGAGCACCUUUACAAUGGUCCAUCAUACAGCUCCUCACAUUCCAUUCAAGCAUUCAAAUGAGUGGAAUGCAGCUCAGGCCCAACUUAAUGGGACAGUUCAUUGUGACUAUCCUCGUUGGGUUGAGAUCCUUUGCCAUGAUAUUAACGUUCACAUCCCCCACCAUGUGUCUCCCAAAAUACCAAGCUAUAAUCUGCGGGCUGCUCAUAAGUCCAUCCAAGAGAACUGGGGAAAGUACCUGAACGAGGCUAAAUGGAACUGGCGUCUAAUGAAGACAAUAAUGACAGUGUGCCAUGUCUAUGAUAAAGACCGCAACUAUAUUCCAUUCGACGAAAUUGCUCCUACAGAGUCCCAACCAAUUGCUUUUCUGAAAAAAGUUAUGCCUGAUUAUGCUUAGUAAGGUUACUCCGAGUGUUACUGAUGAAGUUUGGUCAUUUUAGCCUUAUUUUUCAUUUUGUAGUUAUGAAAAAAGAGUUAAGUGUUUAUUUUUUAUUUUUUUGUAGUUUUAUAUCCCUUCAUUUACAUGUACAUUAGUGUCAGCCUUCCUGAGUUCCUGGAUCAAUCAGACAAUAAAACAUAACUUUGCUCAUAUAUACUUCAAUUUUUCUGGUUCUAAGAUAUCCUGGAACAUAUUUUGCCAUA